AUGGGUAAUUCUCAGACAAAGGAAGCACGUGGGCAAGGCUCUACUGGCUCUCGGAUCAAUGACAGCUCGAGCUCUGCUUCACGGCAGGACGCACAGGCGAAUGGCACUGAAAUCCCAAUCCGCCCGUAUUCGUCUUCCAGACAAACACGUGCAGGUCGACACGACUUCUCGUUUCUCGGAAUCGGCGGAAGCAGUGACCAAGAUGCUUCGUCACUCGAAGCAAGGAGGGAAACGAAGGUUGAAAGAGAGGCAAGGAAGGCAGAGAAGGAGAGAGCUGCAAGACUCAAAGAACGUGAGCGCAGCAUGAAAGAAGAAAACGUCGAUGGCGGAUAUCUCGUCACACAGGGUGUUUACGUUGGCACAGAAGACUUUAACAAAGGAAUUGUGCGCCAGCUCAUGAUCGAACGCAGAAUGGCGCCUUUCUGGAGAGGUUUGAAUGAUUUCUCGGAGUCCUGGGCAGAGCAUCAACUCAUGGCCGCUGCUCGUGGCAUGGCAAUUCCUCCAGCCGACGAGGUACCUCCGGAAUUGGAGUACCAGUUAGCCAAAAGGAUCACAGCCGAUAGAUCUACUCAAUCUGCCCUGAAGAAUCUUACAAUACCAAUCGGUGGUCGGUCGCAAUCCUUUCAGUCAGAUAGCUCGGGUCCGCUAUCGCCCGCCAUGAGCUCAUUACCAUUGCCAUCUCCGAGUUCACCACCCCCGACAAGCGUGUCUGGAACCAAUAUCUUGAGCCGGACUCGGGCAAAAACUCUAGCAUCCUUGACGACAUCUUCUCGGGGCAAUUCCCAGGCUGACAUGACUCCAAGGGAGUUUCAGCUGCCUCCGGAUCCGUUUGUCAACGGGCAACCGAUCGAAGUAUACCUCUACAAAGAUGCGUCAGAGUGUCCAAUUUGCUUCUUGUACUAUCCUCCAUAUCUCAACACGACCAGAUGCUGUGAGCAACCAAUCUGCUCCGAAUGUUUUGUGCAGAUCAAAAGGCCAGACCCCCAUCCUCCGGAACAUGAGCAGCCAGAUCCGAAUGCACCACCGGUGUCUGAUGCAGAUCGUGAAGCUCAAGCAGAAGGCUUACUUGUCUCUGAGAUAGCGACAUGCCCAUACUGCAAGACCCCAGACUUUGGUAUUACAUACACAGCGCCACCCUUCCGCAGAGGCCUUACUUAUGGGGUUGGAUCUCAGCCAUACCAGGUUAUGUCAGCAAGGUCUUCUCAAACUUCAAUCUCCUCUGGAGCAGUAUCUCCAGGCCCCGGUCGAAGACGGGGAACCUCACUGUCGGCCAAUGCACCAGAAGUGAUCACCACUGACAAAAUUCGUCCAGAUUGGGCGACUAAACUAGCAGCAGCUCGAGCUCAUGCUGCCCGCCGCUCAGCAGCAGCUACUGCUCUUCAUACUGCGGCCUAUUUGAUGAACGGCCAGAACGCCGACACCCGAUCCUUUUCAGGCUUUAGCCGCCGAAACAUGCUUAGGCGAUCUACUCUUGAGAAUGCCGACAGCAACACGAACUCGAGCUUGAGUGCUCUGGCAAUACUUGCAGAACGCCAUGCUGCUCGCCAGCAAGAAACUGGGAACGGUAACGGGCGCGAAAACUCGUCGUUACCUCCUCCACGAGGCAGUAGCUCUCGAAGAAGCCGAAUGGAUGACCUUGAGGACAUGAUGAUGAUGGAGGCCAUAAGGUUAAGUCUGGCUUCUGAGGAAGAACGCCGGAAGAAAGAAGAAAAGGAGGCUCGCAAAGAAUCGAAGCGCAAAGAAAAGGAGACCAAGAAGGCGGAAAAGGCUGCUCGGAAGAACAGUCUCCUCACACUACAUUCCAACACCAGCAGCCCUGACGCUUCUAGCAUGGAACGAUCCCGCAGCAACUUGUCACUCGGUGCAGACGAUGACUCCAUCUUAGGCAAAGGCAAAGCCGUCGAGCGCAACGGUACUCCGCCCCAAGAUGGCGCAAAGGGCGAAGACGAAAUGCCACGGCCAUCCUACAUUCCAGCUUUGUCACUUUCGGGCACCAGUCAAGAAUCUGUGGCUUCAUCUAUUCCCAUCCCAACGGCAUCCGAACCCUUCCGUCGGUCGCAUCUUCGACAAAUGUCGAAUGCCUCGUCGGCUUCGUCGUCAUUUGUCGAGCCAGGAACUGCAGCCACCUUCUCGGGUUCUGGGACGCCUCCACCGGGAAGCUUGGAACCCAUGUUCAACUUCAGAAGCCUUGCCGCUAUGAUCGGCCAAGAGGAAAAGGGAGAAACCAGCAGCCAUGUUGAACAUGCCGAGUCACCUUCUCCACCCGAAGCUGAACAUGUGCGAGGCCAGUCUCCACUGGCUAGUGAAAUAGAACAACCCAAUGUUGGGAAUAUGAGUCCAUCCGGCUGCUCAGACUCUGAGUCCAGGAAAGGGACAGACGACGACUCCGGGGUCAAGAGGGAGAGCGGUGCGAUUCAGACGUCUGCUCCCACCGUAUCGGAUGUAUGA